AUGCCACGACUGACUGAGGUAAUGAAUAUUAUUCGUGAGCUAUCAACCAGAAUGAAUGGAGUUGAAAUAUCACCGUUCAUCGCUGCCCUGACCAAAGUUGAGCUGCAGGUCCAUAUUGAAGGCACCUUAACGCCGGCGUUGCGGCGGAAACUCGCACAUCGAAAUGGUAUCCCCCUACCUUAUGCGACGUACGAAGUACCGCUGAAUCCGUACAAGGUCACUUAUAACCAUCGGCGCGAAUUAGACGAUGACAAUGGCGCCCCGACAUUCCUCGAGGAAUACCGGCCGAGGUUGUGUUGA